AUGGCUGGCAAUACUUACUAUAUGGAUUGUACAUAUGCCUCAGACGCAUCGCUCACUCAAGUAGGAGAGAGACGGAUGUCGAACGCUGCCGAACGCGAAGGCCGAUUGUGUCUCUUUGUCGCUCAUUCCGCGCUCUCGCUCACACUUCAAGCCUUACAUGGAACGCCUCAGACCGAGAUUCCACUGCGUCGUAAGACCGUUAGUGCGGUAGUGUCGACGUUUCCGUUAAGGCUGGGUUUGAACAAGUUGGCUUCAGUUGCCAAGGGAGUCGCCAAAUCUGAGCUGUUAACAGCUUUGAAUGUCAAUGACACCAAGAAAUUGAAUAAGUUUUAUCCAGAACUAGAUACGAAAUUGUCGUGCCUGACAGAGUCCGACAUGAUCAUGUUGAACAAAUUCUACGUGAACUAUACUGAUGAACUGGAUCCCCGCUUUAUCGCGGAUUCCUAUAAGAAUUUCGGAGUUCAUACGGACAAAAUGCGUUUUCAAAAUCCUGUCAGUGUGGUCGAUUUUAUUAAUCAAUGGGUAGAUUCAACUACGUACAAACGCAUCCCAAACCUGAUGUCGCCUAAAGAUAUUAAUCCAAGUGAUAAUUUGAUUCUGAUAAAUGCUGUUUACAUGAAGGUAUUGAUGCUACGUCUUUUCUGUGACGGCUGUAAGAUGACCUUCUUCCUACCGAACGAGGUGUCUGGACUACCAAAACUUCUGCAAUUGUUCGACAAAAAACCUGAAGUGCCGACAAACGCCGUGAAGAAAUUGGAGCUGGACAUCAUCAAUGUGAGAAUACCAGUCCUGAAGAUAAAGACUAUGGUGAACUGGACACCGUUUUUGAAACUGAUCGGGGUCAAGAAAAUAUUUGACACUAAUUCGUCAGGACUCGACGCCAUAUCACAAGGUCAUCCAAAAACCAAUCAUCAUUUGGGCAAUGUCAUCCAGAAAGUGUUCAUAGAAUUGGAUGAAUUCGGGAUCUACCGGGAAGCACCUCUGUCACCAGUAGAUUUGCCGGUAAACACGAUUACAAGGGCCGUGCCGCAGUUCAUCGCUGACCACCCUUUCUACUUCAAAAUCGAGAUGGAAGAUGAUGGAGUCUCCCACGAGCUCAUCAGCGGAGUCUUCUAUGGGAACGACAAGAUAUGA